GUGUACCAGUCGACCCGCGAGACUCACCACUAUCCUCAAGUUACUGUCGUUGCUGCUCAUUUGUUGUGGAGUCGGCAGUGUCCGCUGCUCCUCGACGAUGACAGUCCAUGACAAUAGCACGGACAUGAUCUCGCUGUUGGAUUUCAAGCGGGCCAUGACCAACAACUCGAGGCAAGCCUUGAGAUCUUGGCAUGCCCGUGUCCCCCUUUGCACAUGGAAGGGCGUCGUCUGCAGCGGCCCGAAGCACCCGGGGCGAGUCAUGGAGCUGAACCUUCACUUCCUAUCGUUGUCAGGCACGAUUUCACCAUCCCUCGGGAAUCUAACAUUCCUUAGGAGACUGGACCUGUCCAGUAAUGGCUUCACCGGCGAGAUACCUCCUUUCAACCGUCUCCAAAGAUUGGAGUACCUUGACUUGUCACGCAACUCACUGCGAGGGAUCAUCCCGGAUACUCUUACAAACUGCUCCAAUCUAUACGGGCUAUUCCUGUCUAGCAACUUACUAAUAGGAGAAGUUCCCAGCGGUAUAGGCCGCCUAUCUAAUCUAGUGUGGUUAUAUCUUGGAGGAAAUAAUCUCACUGGAGAAAUCCCACCAAGCCUAAAAAACAGCAGUCAGCUUGAAUACAUCUUGCUUGAUGAUAAUAAGCUCACCGGAACCAUUCCUGAUGAUUUGGGAAAACUCCCAAAUCUUUCUGAAUUAAACCUUGCUGAAAAUAGGCUAUCAGGUGGAAUCCCAGAAACCUUGUACAAAUACAAUCAGUCUUCUCUCCAAGUUUUAUACUUAAGUUCCAAUAUGCUUGGAAAAACCCUGCCAUCUUACUUUGGUGAUGCCUUCCUGAAUCUUCGAUAUCUCUCAUUGGAGGAUAACAAUUUUGAAGGUCAUCUCCCAGCGUCACUGGGCAAUAUUUCAGGGCUAGAUUGGUUGAGCAUGUCAUUCAACAAGUUCGUGGGUCAAGUUCCAAGUUCUUUUGGUAAUCUUGGAAAGUUAGAUUACCUAAACCUUCAGCAAAACAAUUUGUUGGGCUUCAUCCCAAUAGAGCUUGGCGGCUUAAAGCAGCUCACCCGUCUGGAUUUGUCUGAUAAUAAUCUGCAAGGUGGUGUGCCAUGAAACAGAGUAUUUGGAAAUAAAACCCCCGCCUCACUUGGAGGCAACUAGCCAGUGAGGACUUCUUUGGAGGAACACUGGAUCUGCUCCCAUGUCCUACCAUCUCUCAGAGAAAAGAAACACAGUACAUACGACCACUCAUUACAAUAUCUGGUUUCAUGUCAAUUAUAUUGUUUGGCUUA